AUGCGAUUCACAGUGCAAGUCCAUCGCGUUGUGGUUUUCUGUGUCGUUGCCGGGUCGACGCUUGGCCACGGCGGCCUGGUGGAUCCGCUGCCCACGUGGACCUCCCCCAACAGCGACAUCAGUCAAUUCUGCGGCACCAUGGAGGGUCCGUCCGUGCUGCCUGGAGCACCCUACAAUACCAGUCCACAAGACAACACGGCAGCGUUCACGCGGCAUUUCCAGGCAUCGUCAUUCAAGACACUUCGAGACGUGAUUGUGGCCUACCCCAGCACCUGUGGCACUUGCGGCAUCACAGACCCCUUCGGAACCCCCCGCGAACUGAACGCGACUGGCGUCAUCAUGUGGGCUCAUGGUUCCGAAGGCUUUGUCGCUUCCCAUGAAGGGCCUUGUGAAGUCUGGUGCGACGCCACACGUGUCUUUUACAACGACAACUGCGCUCGCAACGUCGCAAGUGGCAUCUUGAAGAUCGAUGUGGCCAAGUGCCAAGGGGCUAGACAGCUCGUGAUGUAUUGGCUAGCUCUGCAUGUCCCGACGUGGCAGAUUUAUGUGAAUUGCGUCACUCUCGGGGGGGCAGCCCCAACAUCCCCCAGCCAAAACAAGCCUUCCGCGACGCCUGCCCCACCAGGUUACACAGUGCCUCCAACACCCCGAUUUUCAUCCUACGGCGAGCCUAGCUAUGGACCAAGCCCCCCCUACGCAUCGUCAACCCCAGAGUUACCCUCGACUGCUGCCAACAACACCAUUCCUUUGGCUGUGCCGUCAUCGGCGGCGAACAAGUCGGUGGCGGCAUGGCAUCAGUGUGGAGGUUUGCAGUACAAAGGCCCGACCCAUUGCGUGCAUGGUCACACGUGCCGCAAGGUGUCCGAUUCGUACAGUCAGUGCGUCCCACGAGUCGUAGCUCUCGGCGAAUUGAACACGUGGGCGCAAUGUGGAGGCAAGACGUACACAGGCCCGACGACAUGCACGUCAUCGGACCAAUGUACCGUGCAGAACGACUACUACAGCCAGUGCCUUCCCAAGUAG